CGAUCUGACCUCCUCAGCCUCCUUCCCCAACUGUUCCACGCAGAAGCAAAGCAACGCCGGUAAUCUCUCUCCGCCGCCCCCGCCGCCGCCGCACCGUUCGCCGGGGAUCUAGGGAAGGAUGGAGAGCGGAAGCUACGAGGGCGUCCUCCUGGGCAUGGGAAACCCCCUCCUCGACAUCUCCGCCGUCGUCGACGAGGCCUUCCUCGCAAAAUAUGAUAUCAAGCCAGGGAAUGCAAUUCUAGCAGAGGAGAAGCAUUUGCCUAUGUACAAUGAAUUGGCUAGCAAGGUCAAUGUUGAAUAUAUCGCUGGAGGAUCCACUCAAAAUUCUAUUAGGGUUGCUCAGUGGAUGCUCCAGAUUCCUGGUGCAACAAGUUACAUGGGUUGCAUUGGGAAGGACAAGUUCGGUGAGGAGAUGAAGAAAGACGCACAAACCGCUGGUGUUAAUGCCCAUUAUUAUGAGGAUGAUAAUGCUCCUACUGGCACAUGUGCUGUCUGCAUUGUUGGUGGUGAAAGGUCACUUGUUGCAAACUUGUCUGCAGCGAACUGCUACAGGUCUGAACAUCUGAAGAGGCCAGAGAACUGGACACUUGUUGAGAAGGCAAAAUAUAUUUACAUUGCUGGCUUUUUCCUCACGGUAUCCCCGGAUUCCAUUCAACUUGUUGCUGAGCAUGCUGCUGCAACUAACAAGGUGUUUAUGAUGAACCUUUCUGCUCCCUUUAUAUGUGAAUUCUUCCGUGAUGCCCAAGAGAAGGCUCUUCCGUAUGCUGACUAUAUUUUUGGAAAUGAAACUGAAGCAAGGACCUUUGCUAAAGUUCGUGGUUGGGAGACUGAGAAUACUGAGGAGAUUGCUUUGAAGAUCUCGCAAUUGCCUAAGGCUUCAGGAGCACACAAGAGGAUUACUGUCAUUACUCAAGGCUGUGACCCAGUAGUUGUGGCUGAUGAUGGAAAGGUCAAAACAUUCCCUGUUAUCGUUUUGCCCAAGGAAAAGCUUGUUGACACCAAUGGUGCAGGCGAUGCCUUUGUUGGGGGUUUUCUCUCUCAAUUGGUUCAGGAGAAGAGCAUUGAUGAAUGUGUCAGAGCUGCUUGUUAUGCUGCAAACGUUAUCAUCCAACGCUCAGGCUGCACUUACCCUGAGAAGCCUGACUUCAACUAGAGCCAUUUCAGCAUAUUGAGAAAGGAAUAACUAUAGGCGACGAGUGCUUUUUGACAUUUCCACCACUACUCAAGGCACAUUUCUAGUGCACCCUAGGCAUGUUUGGAUAGAUGAGUAUAGUGCCUUAUCUCUUUGGCAUGGCAGGAAAGUGAACUAAAAAUUCCUACCGAUAUGAAAGGAUCAUGCCACUCAGUCAAUACAGAGCAAGACCCUUCAGUUGCAAUUCCACCGUGCCAUCUCUUUCUGCAUUUACAAAUCAAAUUGCUGUGUCUGAAACUCUGAAUGCAUUAUAAAUUACCUCCAUAAGGGUCAUAUUGUAGCAUCAUGUUUGCUUAAAGCAUGUCCCAGAUGGCCAGAUAUAGAUGCAAAGAUUGGAUGAUCUUCGAUCGACAGAA